AUGCUUUGGAUUGCCACUUUGUUAGCUCUGCUGGCCUCUGCUCUGGGUUGUGGGCAGCCCGCAAUUAAGCCCCAAGUGAGUGGCUACAACAAAAUUGUCAAUGGAGAGAACGCAGUUCCUGGGUCCUGGCCUUGGCAAGUGUCCCUCCAGGACUACUCUGGUUUCCACUUCUGUGGUGGAUCUCUGAUAAACCAGUACUGGGUUGUCACUGCAGCCCACUGCCGUGUCACCCCUGGACGUCACUAUGUUAUUCUUGGGGAGUAUGACCGUGGUUCUAAUGCUGAGCAGAUCCAGGUCUUGUCCAUUGCCAAGGCUAUCACCAACCCCUAUUACAAUGCGCAAAACUUCAACAACGAUAUCACACUGCUGAGGCUGUCAACCCCAGCUCAGUAUACCACCCGGGUCUCUCCUGUGUGCCUGGCCACAACUAGCACCAAUGUCCCUGCUGGGACACGCUGUGUUACCACAGGUUGGGGAAAGACUGCGACCACUUCAAGCCCUCGGUACCUCCAGCAGACGGCACUCCCAAUCAUCAGCCAGGCCCAGUGCAGGCAGUACUGGGGUCAAAACCGAAUCACUGAUUCCAUGAUCUGUGCAGGGGCAUCUGGAGUAUCCUCUUGUCAGGGUGACUCGGGUGGUCCUCUAGUCUGUCAGAGUGGUGCAGUCUGGUUCCAGGUGGGUAUCGUGUCCUGGGGUACCUCCAACUGCAAUGUCCGAGCUCCUGCUGUCUACGCUCGGGUCUCCUACCUGCGCCCGUGGAUCGACCAGGUUGUUGCAUCUAACUAG